AAAGCCCACACGGGUGCUGAGCUUGGUGCUAUCUAUCCACCCACCCAUAGCCUGCACUGAGCCAGCCACCGCAAGGAGGAAGAAGAAGAGGGGGAGAGAGGGGGUGAGAAGAAGGUUUCAGUUCAGGCGAGAUGGCGCCGGCGCCGCUGCCCCUGCUCGUCGCCGCCUUCUCCCUGCUCUUCGCGGCGGCGACUCCGAUCAGGGACGUCGCCGACGCCUGCUCCUCGCAAGUGCAGGAUUUCGAGCACCUGAACAGCUCCGCCAUGCACCUCCCGCUGCACCACUCGCGGGGCCCCUGCUCGCCGGUGUCGGCCCCGUCGGACCUCCCGUUCACGGCGGUGCUGACCCACGACGACGCCCGCAUCGCGUCCCUCGCCGCGCGCCUCGCCAAGGCGCCGUCGUCGUCGUCCUCGGCGCGCCCCACGGUCACGGUGGCCUCGCUCUACCGGGCGAAUGACGAGGUCGACGGCGUCGCGGCCUCCCUGGCGUCCGUGCCGCUCACGCCGGGCACGUCGUACGGCGUGGGCAACUACGUGACCCGCAUGGGCCUGGGCACCCCGGCCAAGCCGUACAUCAUGGUGGUGGACACGGGGUCCUCCCUCACCUGGCUCCAGUGCUCCCCCUGCCGGGUGUCGUGCCACCGCCAGUCCGGCCCGGUGUUCGACCCCAAGACGUCCAGCUCCUACGCCGCCGUCUCCUGCUCCACGCCGCAGUGCAACGACCUCUCCACCGCCACGCUCAACCCGGCGGCCUGCUCCUCCUCCGACGUCUGCAUCUACCAGGCCAGCUACGGCGACAGCUCCUUCUCCGUGGGCUACCUCAGCAAGGACACCGUCUCCUUCGGCUCCAACAGCGUGCCCAACUUCUACUACGGGUGCGGGCAGGACAACGAGGGCCUCUUCGGUCGCUCCGCCGGCCUCAUGGGCCUGGCCCGCAACAAGCUCUCGCUGCUCUACCAGCUCGCGCCCACCCUCGGCUACUCCUUCUCCUACUGCCUCCCCUCCUCCUCCUCCUCCGGCUACCUCUCCAUCGGCUCCUACAACCCGGGCCAGUACUCCUACACGCCCAUGGUCUCCAGCACGCUCGACGACUCGCUCUACUUCAUCAAGCUCUCCGGGAUGACCGUCGCCGGCAAGCCGCUGGCCAUCUCCUCCUCCGAGUACUCCAGCCUGCCCACCAUCAUCGACUCCGGCACGGUCAUCACGCGCCUGCCCACCACCGUCUACGACGCCCUCAGCAAGGCGGUGGCGGGGGCCAUGAAGGGGACCAAGCGCGCCGACGCCUACUCCAUCCUCGACACGUGCUUCGUGGGCCAGGCCUCGAGCCUGCGCGUCCCGGCGGUCAGCAUGGCCUUCUCCGGCGGCGCGGCGCUCAAGCUGUCGGCGCAGAACCUGCUCGUCGACGUGGACAGCUCCACGACGUGCCUCGCCUUCGCGCCCGCCAGGAGCGCCGCCAUCAUCGGCAACACCCAGCAGCAGACGUUCAGCGUCGUCUACGACGUCAAGAGCAACAGGAUCGGCUUCGCCGCCGGCGGCUGCAGAUAAUUCCUUUGGAAGAAGGUGCACGCAAGCAGCGCAUGCAUGCGCGGAAUGGGUUUAAUUUAAUUUAAUUUGCUGCAUGCACGUUCACUUUCUCAACUCGUCAGUUCGACCGAUGUUGACGACUACACACCACAAGGUAGAUAAAAAGGAGGUACGUACUAGUAGUUGAUUAAGUGGUGUACAUGCAUGCAUGUUUAGUUAUCACAGCUUCGUUGUGUUACAUAAAAGGAGACACCGAGCACAAAAACAUAUUACUGCUAUUUAUAGGAUUGAAGCUAUUUAUAUUGUUCAGACCAGAUAUUGAAAGUGGAAAAAGAAAUGCAUAACUUGAAUGCACGUAGCCAGAAUAUGUGAAAUACUUGUCUCAUGUAAAUUCUUUGGCAAUUACUGGUCAAAAUAAUGUACCACUUCGUAUAGCUAAGUUAAAGGGUGUGCCUUUGUUUCGAAUAUGGCCCUUAGAACUUCAAAAAUUGCUCCUGUUUGAGAACAUGUGAUUUGUAAAAUUGGAAACUGUACAUUUUAUUGAUGUGAUCUUUGCAGAAUCAGAAUUGAUUUUAUAACA